AUGAUUCAGAUUAAGGAUGUUCCACCUGUUGUACUGGCGAUUCUGUUGUGUGCGUCUGUUGUUCCUCUGCUCGGCUUCAUGUCGCCGAAGCUUGUAAUGUAUUUAGUUUAUGACAAAUCAUACCUUAGAAAGCUUGAGCUAUGGCGAUUGUUCACCGGUGUAUUCGUCACUGGUGUAAGUUUAGCACUGUUAAUGAGGCUCUACUUCAUUUACAAGUUCAGUAUGCUAAUAUUGGAGUUCAAAUGUUGCAUCGAUCAUGUGCCUACAGAAAUGGAGCUUGUUUUCUUUAUGUUUACAAUGUUUGUGCCGCUGAUGAUAGGGAACCAACUUGAGGGUAUUAACACAUUCUCGGAGUGCAUUCCUAUUGCAUUGAUAAGAUAUUUUAGUGAGCUUGUAUCUGAUGACUUCAGACUAAACUUUUUUGGUACGGUAAUGUCUGCCAAGAUGUACAGCAUAGUGUCCUUGGUGAUUGAUUACGUACUUAAUGGCGGUCGUUCCAAGGUAUACUACGGAUUUGUGUACGCACUGGCAUAUGUUUAUUUGAGGAGAAAUGUCUUUGGGGUGCCGGCGGUGUUCGUAAAGAUGGUAGAACGAAUUAAGGAAAUAAAAAUUGAAAGAAUGUUCAGUCCAACUGGGAUGGGACGAAGACUAGGCGACGGAAAAAGAAGCAAGAAAAAAGAUUAAAAAUUGAUUUAACGGU